AUGCAGAGGAGCUUCAAAAUCCUUCGCUUCAAGGCCGAAAGACCGUAUGUCUUUUCAGAUCCUGAUGCCUCUCCUACAUACCUUCUCCCAGCUUUCCAUAAAUGGUUCAAAAGGGACGGAGAAAACACGUCAUUUUCUUCCCACAUAGACUCUUUCCAGCAAGCAAUCUUCCCCUUUGAGCUGAUAAAACCCUUCUUCCAAGGGUCUGAGACCAUACACCGUCUCUACGAAAGCUUGUUAAACAGUCAAGAUGCUAUCGAUCGGGAGUGGGCGGUGGCUCUUCAGUCUGCUGCUGCUUCAGAGGCCUCUCGCCAUCACCAGUUUUUUCAGCUCUAUGCACCCUUGAGGCUUCUAAUCAAGGCACUCGAGUUCAACGAAGCACAGAGGAUAAAAGCAGAUCCGCCCGUACAGCUUUACAUUGCCCAGUCUCUAUUGUCGGAUCUCCCCAGCGAUUUACAGAACGAUGUACCGACCCCGGAAUUAAUCCAAAAAGUCGGAAGAGGCGAUAUAUAUAGCUCUUCAAUAUGGCUGGGCACUGAGCCGACUUAUACUCCGCUGCAUCGGGAUCCGAAUCCAAACUUGUUCUGCCAGCUGUGUAGUAGCAAAGUGGUGAGGCUUCUGCCGCCCAAGGUGGGACUUGAAGUAUAUAACAAUGUUCAAAUGCGGCUUCGACAAUCUGGAAACAGCCGAAUGCGAUCUACAGAGAUGAUGGAGGGAGAUGAGAGGGAGAUGCUUCACAGCGUCGUAUGGGAAGACAAGACGGCGGCAUCGGACGUGCAAGAGAUAGAGCUGUCUGCCGGGGAUGCCUUGUUCAUUCCAAAAGGCUGGUGGCAUUCUAUUAAGAGCAAAUACUCAGAUGGACGUCUGAAUGGAUCUGUGAAUUGGUGGUUCCGCUGAUUGAAUUUGUAAAGUAUGAGACUGCAUACUGUCCACUUCAUUACCUGUGCAUGGCACUUAUCAAACCCUCUCAACGGGUCUACAUAUGACCCAAUUUAGAUAUCCACACGGCCAGAUAAACUUGCACCGACCACUUUGUAUCUCCCACGAGCUUGUGUCGGCACCGCAGCCACGGAGGAGACUUUCCACCUCGCUGGGAGUCCUCGUUCUUAGACAUGAAACUAUUCCGUCAAAUACCAAGACAAAUGGUAAGACGGGUAAAAGCCAUGAGAAUGCAAGAGAAGUGGGAGAUCUCCAUUUCCAGGCAAAAGCCGGUGCCAUGACUAUUGAUGCAACUCCCAGCAUGCAGACGCUAACCAUGCCUGCGAGGCUACGGUCUUGAAGCUCGAAUAUGGCGAAUCCAUGGCUUGUCUUUACCGUAUCUCUGAGUAUAUCCCUCGCCAAGACAUCGUCAAAGUGAUGGAACGCCAGGUUGAACAGCCGCAUCACUUUCUUUCCGUCUUGACGUUCCACGAGAUGCUUGGGGGCUUUACUCGCAUCCACGGAUUGCCUUUCGUAUGAAAUUUGUGGAAAGUGUCUCGCAAUCUUAUCCCAAGCCCUCACGUUGGGAUGCAAGUCUGUCAGGAUGAAAU